CGCUUCUCUCCACCACCUCCUCAGCCACAAUCCGUUACCGUGCUCUCACCCUCAUCUCCGUGCACGGCGAAAACAUAUCUGGCUGUAAAAAAAAACACGCUAGCACUAUGGCGACGGACCUGGCCCAAGGCGGCCCCUUUGAUAUCUACGCCACUUUCAAGGAAUUUCUGCAGGACGAUCAAAUCUCACCUCCGCUAGCCGCGAUACUAUCAUUAGCGGAAGCGAUCGUCAAGUCAAAUGCCGGAACGAUGUUCGAGCUCGUCCAAGCAUUGAACGACGGCGCCGAGGAACUGAAGCGGAGGUCUCCCAACCCCAUCAGUCUGAAUGCUGGCUGCGAACUGUUCAUCGCUUUCGUCACUCUAUUCCCGCACGAGUCCGACAACUUUGCGGAGUUGAAGAAGGAGCUGGAGCAGCAAGGGCGGAAAUAUGCAGCGGAGGCACUUGCCUUUCGUGACAAGAUUGCCGAGCUGGCCCUCGGCUUCAUCAAGGACGACUCCGUCAUUCUCACACACUCGCAUUCGCGCGUCGUGUUGCGGGCACUGCUCCAUGCUCACAAGACGAAGCGCAUAUCCGUAUAUGUCACGGAAUCGCGGCCUCGAGGACUUGGCCUGAGAACCUACGAAGCACUAACGGCCGCAGGAAUUCCUUGCACCGUGGUCCUUGACUCCGCCGUGGCAUAUGUCAUGGACCAGGUCGACUUUGUCCUCGUUGGGUCAGAGGCCGUCGUGGAGAGCGGCGGCCUCGUCAACUACGUGGGCAGUAACCAGAUGGCCAUCAUCGCAAAAGCGGCGAACAAGCCGUUCUAUGCACUAGCAGAAAGCUUCAAGUUCCACCGACUUUUCCCACUAUCGCAAUACGAUCUUCCUACCCACAACCCAAACAUCCUAUCGUUCGCGACUCCGCCGUCGACUGCGCAGUCAGCUGGACAGGGCAGUGCAAGUGCGACCGCCGCGCCUGUGGCCUCUACCAAAGACUCGGGGAACCUGGGAAGGUCAUCGCCGCCCGCGGAACGAGCGAUGACUCAAGAGCAGAUAGCGAGGAACCCGGGCGUUGACUAUACACGGCCGGACUUGAUUUCGCUCGUUUUCUCAGACGUGGGGAUCCUCACGCCCGAGGGCGUCAGCCAGUAUCUGGUUGGGAUGUUCGCCGGAUGAUGUACAGUAUAUCCGACAUUGGGACGAGAUCCCGAUUGAGUUUGCGAUAAACUUCGUGAGCCCAAUCAUGGGAUAACGAAUACAGUAUUUCUC